AUGGGGAAACUUCACAACAUUGCUGUGUUCAUUCGCAACUCUACAAUUCACAACGAUGCAUGGGACGACAUUGCGGGGAAAGCCCUCGGUAUCGACAACAUCACGCGCUGGAACUCGUGGUUCAAGCUGCUUGAUGCCGCCAUCAGCCAGGAAGGCCCAUUGUCGGUCUUCGUCAAUCAGUAUCAUCGAGAGCUUGAGGACGACAUCCUGACUCACGAUGACUGGCAAGUAUUGAAGAUGACACACGAGUUUUUGCAGCCGUUUCACCAGGCCACCUUGGAGCAGCAAAUGGCCUGGGCUUCAAUAGAUCAGGUGCUAGAGAACAUGGACAUCCUCUUCGUGCAAUUCGAAGACGCAAAGGUCAAGUAUGCCGAAAACGCCCACAUGGUCGUUGCUUACGGUGUAGCGCAAGGCAUCUAUCGUAUCUGGUUCCAUCCGCUUUCCAAGUUUCCUGGGCCGCUGCAUCUGUCUCUUACAUCGUUACCCGCUGCGUACUCCAACUACAUCCAGGGAACUUGGGUGAGACAUGUUGCCAAGCUGCAUCAAAAGUAUGGCCCCGCGGUGCGAAUCGGACCAAAUCACGUCUCCUUGGACGGCUCCAUUGGAUGGCCAGAGGUUUAUGGCCGUCGACCAGGCGGAAAGGCAGAAUUCCAUAAACUGCCCCCCGUGUUUCAAGAACAACACGAAGCUCUCAUCUCCGCUUCUCGUGACGGUCACCGGCGACAACGCCGACAGCUGGCCCAUGCAUUUAGCGACGCUGCCCUGGCGCAGCAGGAACCUGUCAUUAUCAAGUAUGUGGAUAUGAUGCUCGACCGCCUGUCUCAGCGUGCCGACGAGGGCCAAAGCAUCAACAUUGUCGAAUGGCUAAACUUUACAACUUUCGACAUCAUUGGCGACUUGGUGUUUUCCGACUCUUUCUCCUGCCUGGAGAACAACGGAUAUCACCCCUGGGUACUGACCAUCUUUCGCGGCGUUCAAGGCAUAUCUCUUCGACGCUUUUCUCAGUACUAUCCACUCAUGGGCUGGAUCAUCAGCAAAUCCACCCGGCGGUCGUUGGCAAAAUUAUUACUCGGGGUCCGAUCCGGUGCCAGAGACAAGGCCAAGACUCGCCUAGAACACGGCCCGAAACCACCCGGUGAGCACCAGGAUAUCAUGGCCUACAUGAUGAAGAAGACUCGCGACGGUGGCGACGGCAUGAGCGAGGGCGAGGUCCUGGUGAAUGCGCCUACACUUGUCGUCGCCGGCAGUGAAACAACGGCGACAGCUCUGUCGGGCUUUUGCUUUUACAUGUCGCGGAACCAACAGGCCUACGCGCUGCUCGCCGACGAGAUUCGCGCCGCUUUCGCAUCUGAAGAGGACAUCAACUUGGUCAGCACCGGCUCGCUCGAGUAUCUGCAGGCCUGUAUCAACGAAAUUCUUCGAAUGUAUCCGCCCGCCGCCGAGACCUCUGCCCGAGUCUCCCCUGGCGAGAUGGUGAACGGCAAGUUUGUGCCUGCAGGGACCCGUCUUUCCGUAUAUCAAUGGGCUACUUUCCAGAACCCGGCAAACUUCGUCGAGGCCGAAUCGUAUAUCCCAGAACGAUGGCUGCCAGCCACACAUCCUCAAUACGAGGGGCGCUUUGCGGCAGACAAGCGUGCCGCCUUCAAGCCAUUCAGCUAUGGCCCACGAGAUUGCAUCGGCAAGAACCUGGCCUAUUCCGAGAUGAGAUUGAUCAUUUGCCGCCUUCUCUACCGUUUCGAUUUCGAGUUGGCCCACAAGCAGGAUAGCUGGCAUGACGACCAGAAGAUCUUCGGCAUCUGGCAGAAGAAACCUCUUUACCUAAAACUUCAGCGGCGCGGCCCGAGGAUUCAACAGACUGGCGAGUCACUCUAG